AGGCCAGAAUAGCGAUCAACUAUUUGUAUCUUGCUCGGACGAUAUUCAACAAAUAGCCACAGAUUUGAAGAAAUUGUGGAACACACAAGUGCUGCACCAAGAAGGAAAGUACAAAGAGAUUAAUGAUGACGAUGCUUCAUCGUCACCAAUGACGUCAUCAGUCGUUUACAGCUGGAAGCGUAAUCGCGAAAUUUUGGAGUCGCUACUGCUGACCACCAGUGAACACGAGGAGACGUAUACAUACAUCAUCACCGGCGUCCUAGACAAGUCGAGAGACAAAGAAAUAUCGCUAGACGAGGCCGUUGAUCGAGACAUCAUCAACAGAACCAGUGGUACGUUCGAUAGCGGCUGUGGUAAGCGCGUUCCUAUCGCUACCGCGAUGGCCGAGGGCUGGAUCAAAGUUGAGAGGGUUAAGUGCAGAAGAUUUGAAGAGAAAAGAAGUGAUAUAGGCCUCAUUACCAUUAAAAGUUUCACAGAAGACAGUUCUUAUACCAUAGAUUGCGUCAUAGACGCGCGAAACGGCAGGGAACUGAGCGAAAAUGAAGCAAAAACUUGCGGAAUUAUCGUCGAGAUAAAGAACGACGCGAAUACUUGUAAUGGUUUGGCGCCAAAAAACAUCAACAACAACAACAACAUCGGCAACGACGAAAACACUAAAAACAUCAGCAUCAACAACCACAACGACGCUUAUCACUACAACAAAAUGCAAAAUGGAGACGACAAUAGCAGUUUAUAUUUAAAUAAUACCAACAACAACAACAACAAAAACAACAUCAUCAUCAACAACAACAACAACAACAUCAUCAUCCACAACAACAACAACAUCAUCAACAACAACAAAUCUAGUAAUAGUAGUGAUUGUAAUGGAAGUACUACUAGUAGUAGUAGUAGUAGUAUUAGUAGUAGUAGUAGUAGUAGCAACCUAGAAAUUACAAAAUUCUACAAAAAUUUGAAGACCGGUCAGUUGCUGACAUUUGAAGAUGCCCGAAACCUCGGCCUCAUUAAAAUUCACUUUUACGAAAAAAACGACGACGACGAAUACGAAAUGGAAAGUGAAACUGACGAAAAAUCCCACAGCGGCAACAGUAACGGCAGCGACAUCAAUAAUAAUAACAACAACAAUAUAAAUAGCAACAAUUGUUGUAAUAACGAAAGCGAAACUACCGUUAAAACCAGCGUUAAAAGUGGGAAUAGUAUGAAGAUCAAUAAAAAAAGGAGAAAUAAUUUUGCCAUCACGACCUACGCGGUCUACGAUGUUAUUGAUGCUAGAAAUCUUCAGAGGUUAAAGUUCAAGAGGGCAGUCGAAGAGGGCAUACUGAAUCCGGAUGAUGGAACUUACGUCAACAAAGUGACGGGAGAAAAAAUGAAAUUAGUGGAGGCCAUUAAAGCCCAAUUGGUCAGGGCCGAAAUUGUCAAAGGAAAUGAUGUCAUGUUGAACCAUUGUAUUUGAGUGACGUCACGUUAUCGUUAUCGUGACAUCGUUAUCAUCAUCACCAUCCUUAUUAUUAUUAUUCUUAUCAUUAAUUUUAUCAUAAUAGUUAUUAUUAUUAUUAAUUUCAUCAUUUUUGUUAUUAUUAUUUGUCCAAAUUUUUAAAGAUGUAUUUGGUUUGACUCGAUUUUUCGAAAAAUUUUGUCGGCCCAUUCAUUCAUUUGCUCAUUCAUAUAAUAAUUGGUUUUUCAAAAUACCACAAGAACAGAUAAAAUAAAUCUUCAUUAACAAACAAAUAUGAAACAUUAAAUAGAACAAAUUAAUUAAUUAAUUAAGAAAUUAAUGAAAAAUUAACUAACUAAUUAAUUUCGCAAAGCAAAUUAUUUUCAUUUCAAGUAAACUGAAAUAUGCAGGGAUUUUUAUUGGAAAAACCGAACCGGGGGUUGAGGCGAAUAAUAACAACAACAAUAAUAAUAAAAAUAACAACAAUAAUAAUAACAAUAACAACAAAAUAAUGAUGAUGAUGAUCCAAUGUUUAUUUUAUUUUACUGUAUUUCUUGCUAACUGCAUAUAGCACCAAUGAACAUCUCAGAAUAAAUGGCAUUUAUGAGGCCUUUGACGACGUACCUUGAAAAGACAAUUUAUUAUUGC